UCGCGCGCGCCGCCUGUGCUCCACUCCACGCGGCACGACCAGCGCGCGCUCCGAUCAUCUCGCGCCCAGUGCACUCCAACUAUUUCCCAAAAAAAACAUUACAAUUCAACAUUAAUUUCAUUUCGAAAUUUGGCAUUCUUCAGGAGCUGUAUAGCCAUUGUCAAGCUAGAAACUUCACAAGUCGAUAUACGGAGUUACCGAUUGCAAUCGAUUCAAGAUAGGACCGCUAACGGAUUUCCGAUGGCAUAUGGGGGGCGCAAGAAAGCAGGAGACCACGCGAAACAUCGCCAUCCACGUGACGCCUCCAGACGAGGAAGAUGACGAUGAGUUUGUGCCGCCCCUGCGCGUGCGACGGAAACUAAGCACACCGCUUACGACUCUACCCGGGACCACAGAGGACCUGGAGGGAAUACCACACUCGCGGACAUCAUCGCCAGCGCGGUCGCUAUCGCCGCUGGACCGCACCAAGCGCCGCUUCAGCACCAUGGUAUCCAGCGCUACAGCUGCUGCUGUGUCCCGACGACUCUCGGCCACUAUCGGCUGGUGCCUCGCCACACCUACGCAGGUCAAACCGCAAAUAGUCCGCCAGGGACGGGCGCUGUGCCUGCAGUACAUUAAGACUCAAAUUCGAAGAUCUACCCUUUGUCAGAAAAAGCAAAUAGUAAUGAAGCGUUUGCAACGAAUGUUAGAAACUGAAUGCGGUGAAGAGGCUAUAAACAACACCGAGAGCGGAGUGCUGGCUGCAAUGAGGGCCCUUUGUGCAGCUUUAGAGAGGAAGAGGCCCGAAGCGUUUCGGCACGUGGCGCGGCAAGCCACUCGGGCCCCCUACGCCAUGUUGCGGUCAGACACGGCCCUAGCUGAGCUGGCUCUGGCUUUGGCGCGUCGGAUCACGAGGGAAAAUAUUACUUGGUCCAAGAUAGCAGCCGUAUACUGCAUUUGUGGAGCGUUAGCAAGAGAAGCAGCUGAGGCGGUCGAUGAUGAGCCAGCAUUGGAGCUGGUGGCGGCACCAGCGGCAGCCAUCGCAGACCUGCUGCAUGAGGAGCCGGGCUCAUGGAUCGCCGCCCAUGGUGGAUGGACCGGUUUGAUAGAAAGAUUGCGAGAAAGCGAACGUGACCAGCGAUCAGAGAAAAACCUUCAAGUAAUGGUGUCAUUCUUCGUCAUGGUGUGCCUCGUGCUGUUGCUGCUAAGAUGGGCCCUCCAUUCACACCCCGCCUAUUACGAUAAUCUCUGACUUAAUUAUUACGCUUACACAAAAUCAAUCAAAUUCAUUGUUAUGUGUCAAAUGCAAAAAAAAACACCAAUGCUUAAUUUUAAUAUUUAUAUAAAAAUUUAUCUACUAAGUACACAGUACCUAUCUAUAACUUUACUAGUAGAAAAACACUUUACCGAUUAUUCCAUGUGAACAGAAAAUCUUUUACCCUAUCAUAGUUUCCGAAUAGGUUACUCAGCACUAAUUUAUACAAAAAUAUAUAUAGAAGGUAUUCAUUAACGUAAUAAUUCUGAAACACAACAGCAUGUUACUUGUAUUGCCUGGAGUAGAACACCGCCGGGUGAACCUAAACAAUAAACGGGAGUUCAUACAUACAUAUAAUCACUUCUAUAUCCCUUGCAGACAGAGUCAACAGUCGUGAAAAGACGUUUAAUGGUAGAAUUAAGAUUUAAAUAUUAACAGUUUGCUAGCCCAUCGCCUAGAAGAAGAAUCCCAAGUUUAUUAGUCACUUAGUGCCUUAGUCACCUAUUAUGACAUCCAUCAGUAAACUUAAUCAAAGUGACAACAUUUUAUAGUUAAGUAAGUCUUAGUUAUACAAUUUCAUCUUGUAUGUAUCUGAUUGAACAGUUAUUUUACUUACGCGGGUAAGAAGGGUAACGUAUUUCCUGGAGUAUAGGUAAGUAAAAUGUAAUUGAAUCGCCAACUACUCGGAAACUAUAAUUCGACUUCAACUCGAAUUUCACUUCACUGGCCUACCUUUCGUGUAUAAUUUUCCGCGAAGGGUAACCAUGCAUAUAAAUGUUUUGAAACAAAAUAUAGGUAAUUUGUUUGUACCGAUUAUGGUAAUUACUUAAUGUAUGUACAUAUUAUAAUUUAUUAUGUAUUUUUGGUGAAUAAUUUUUAAACUAGUAUCAAAUCAAAUCAACCAAUCAGUAUUUUUAUUUUCAAAGUUAUAUGAUAUCUAUCAAUUUUCCACCAAUUGGAUAUUAAUAAAAGAUUAUAAUUUCCCACAUUGUUUUACUACCUGUUGAAUAAAAACCUGCUGGCAGGGACUUAUUUGUAUAAAAACAAUAUUUAUAAAAAAAAUAGCUUACUGUAAUAAUAUUAUGACAUAAUUCUACUGAAAAUUUUAAUAAUUUAGUGUAAUAAAUUUAGUGUUAUUAUCAAAAUAGUUAGAGCUAUUGUGACAGUUUAUGAUAGGUAACUUAUUGUUGUUUAUCAGAAAAUAUGUGUUAUUUCGGAAAACGUAAUUGAA